AUGCCAAUUUUAAACGUGCUGCUGACUGGCUGUAGGUGCGUGGAGCUGGACUGCUGGGACGGAGACGACGGUAGCCCUGUCAUCUAUCAUGGGCAUACCUUUACCACGAAGAUACCAUUUCGAAGAGUGGUGGAAACUAUUGCUAGGAGUGCGUUCGUGGCGUCUCCGUAUCCACUUAUCCUGAGCAUAGAGAACCACUGCAGUCUACCACAGCAACAAGUGAUGGCUAGCACUUUUGAGGCAGUGUUUGGAGAAAAACUGGUCACAUCAUUCCUCUUUGAAGUGGACUACACAGACGAACCGAGGCUACCUAGUCCAGAGCAACUUAAAUAUAAGAUCUCGAAAUCUCGUGAUGGGGCGAUGGCGCCAGAGCGACAAAUUCUGGGGGGCGCCAAGGUUUUAAUAAAGAAUAAAAAGUUGCUUCCUAUUGAGGCGAGUCCAACGAUGGGGCUGACUGGAGCCAGCUCAGCGCAGGGAUACAGCGGAGUAUUAUCCACAGCUUUCAGGUCCAACGGCAUCCGUCACACUAGUACCUCGCUCCCCGAACAGAGUAACAGGACCAGCUCGAUCAUGUCCAACCAGUCUGCUGGAAGCUCGCUGACUGAAUACUUCUCUGAUGAAGACUACGAUGAAGACGAUGAGGAUUUAGAUGAGAAAGAACUGCACAAGAUUCUAAACUCUAUGGAAGACAAAUGUGGUCGGACCUCUCUUUCCCUCUACCAGAGUUUUCGUAGGAGCGAGGGAGACGCAGAAACUACUUCUGGCAGCAUCAAACACGCUCCUACUAGAAAACGAACGUUCGCCUUCGCGUUCGCGGUCGCGUUCGCCUUCGCGUUCGCCUUCGCGUUCGCCUUCGCGUUCGCGUUCGCGUUCGCCUUCGCGUUCGCCUUCGCGUUCGCCUUCGCGUUCGCCUUCGCCUUCGCCUUCGCCUUCGCCUUCGCCUUCGCCUUCGCCUUCGCCUUCGCCUUCGCCUUCGCCUUCGCCUUCGCCUUCGCCUUCGCCUUCGCCUUCGCCUUCGCCUUCGCCUUCGCCUUCGCCUUCGCCUUCGCCUUCGCCUUCGCCUUCGCCUUCGCCUUCGCCUUCGCCUUCGCCUUCGCCUUCGCCUUCGCCUUCGCCUUCGCCUUCGCCUUCGCCUUCGCCUUCGCCUUCGCCUUCGACUUUGACUUUGCCUUUACUAUUGACCUGAUUUUGAUUUUGACUUUGACUACCGCGAGUUCAGUCUCCGUACAAAAAAUCCUUUGUGUGAUCCGCAAACUGUUGUUCCGGGCCUUAGUGUGUUGUGCGAUCAAGUUCCGUGGUCUGAACCCCUUAUCACCUCGGAGUUCUAUGAAACAACCCAGCAAUAUUGUCAAGGAAACGGCGCCGGGUAGCAGCUUCGAGUCUUCGGAGAGUAGCGAUAGUACUAGUACGAUAGCUCAACAACCCCGACCUAGAUGUCUGAACGCUCCAGCAGUCCACCAUCCCUGCUACCGAUGCUCCUCAGUAAACGAAGCGAUUGGAAAGAAAAUAUGCAGGAAACACCCCAUGGCACUGAUUGCACACACAGAAACACAACUUGUUAGAACGUAUCCCGCCGGCCUAAGAAUAGAUUCAUCGAACUUCGAUCCAGUGACAUUCUGGUCUUGUGGCGUGCAGCUAGUGGCACUGAACUACCAGACUGAAGAUGCAGCCAUGGCUGUGAAUGCAGCUAUGUAUGAGAGCAACGGAUGCACUGGUUAUGUUAGGAAACCUAGUGUCAUGUGGGAUCCAGGACAUAUUGCGUAUAGAAGAUUCAACCCGAUGGAUAAGGAAUUCGAUGGUAUACACGCUGCUCAUCUGACCCUGGCCGUGAUCUCCGGACAGUACGUGGCAGAAAACGUUUAUUCUUUCUACAACGCUUUCGUGGAAGUGGAAAUUUUGGGAGUCCCAGCCGAUUGCAAGAAGAUCAGGACAAAAGUAGCGAGAAAGAAUGCCUUGAAUCCUAUUUGGAAUGAGACAUUUAAUUUUAAGGGAUUAGGGGAGGAGAAGGAUUGGGCCUUCGGUAACAAGACUGAUACGGUAAAACACAACGCGGUCACAACGCAGAAGAAGACGGAUACCCUGAUGAUCAAUUUCCCCGAGUUAGCAUUUCUAAGGUUUGAUAUAUUUGAUGCGGACACCAACUAUAUGCUAUCUCAACGCGUCAUACCGCUGCAGUGUCUUCGGCCUGGAUACAGACAUGUCAGACUCAGAUCACCAACGAACCAGCCGUUGAACAUGGCAUCUCUUCUCAUCUUCUCCCGAUGCUGCGAGGAGUUAGCUGGCGAGAGUUGUCGAGGGGACCUGGAGCCUACAUCCCCCCAUGAAAGACGGAAGAUACAUUUCCUGGUCGUGUAUGCCGUGGCCCGUCAUGAGGCCUACUCCAUUCUGAAGGUCACUCAGGAUACUACAGCUAAUGAGGCUAUAGCUCAAUGCCUAACAAAGGCUGGAGUAUGCAGAUCAGCUCGAGGCAGCUACGUGAUGGUAGAGGAGGUUCCUUCUCGAGCUCCUACGCAAAGAGUGCUGGCUCCUCAUGAGAGGGUUCUCAGGGCUGCAUCAGCAAGACCUGGUGCAAGGUUGUUACUGAAGAGGGUCGGUGAUGAUCCUAGCAGCAGAGCUUGGUUGACUAGUAUUAGAUCAGCAUCAUCAGAUCGCAACAGAGACAGGUCGGUUCCGUCUGAUGAGGAGUCGAGUACACAGGAUGAAGAGCCUCGGAAGCCACCUGAUAGUUUCCUAGUUUGCGUCCAUAAUGUAUCCCAUGAGAUACCCUACGCCAUCCUUAAGGUGCCUUUAACUGCCACAGCAUCAUACGUGGUCUACCAGGCUCUAACAAAAGCGCGUUGCCAUGACGACCCGAAGCGGUUCGUCCUGGUUGAAGAGUUGGAGUGGGGCGGUCGAGCGGGGACGGGGCCGCAGCAGAGGGCGUUGGCUGAUGAUGAAGUGGUUUAUGCUGCUCAGGCUGGUUGGAAGACAUUAGGUAGAUUUGUACUCCAAGAGAAGGGUAGUACGGCUCCGUUGCCCCGACACAGGGCAGCCAUUGCCCGGAUACAGCGUGGACUCAGCAUGACAAGAGGAGCUAUAGCAGGCACCACAGGCUUUCCAUUAGGGGGUUUCAGCGCGACCGAUACGAUUUCAGAAGGGAAAACACCGGUGCAAACUGCUUACAGUGAUCCCACGCAUUGCAGGAGAGUAUCUACAGCGCCCCUUGGUAAAGGCAUCGGACGAGCAAAAGGGCACUCCGAUAAGGACAUGAGGAGCUACAUGCAGAAACGAACGAGCUCGCGAGAGGUCUUCCGGCGGCUAGGCACCCGCUUAGCCAAUCACAGAGCCUCCUUAUCAUCAGAACUCGGCUCUCUGUGGGACUUCAUCAGGAUAGAUCGGGACAGACGGCGCUCUGCUCCCUCGGCAUCCACUUACGAAGCGAUACACACCGAUACGAGAUCCCCUGUACGUCUAGCAAGGGAUCUUCUCCAAGUAAUCCAAGAAACUGUCUUCUCAAAGAAGUUUGAAGAGUCUCCCAAACGCUGUCCUCUUGUCAAAGAAGAAUCUGACCUCAGCUCCGACGGCGAAGAAGGUACUGAGAGAAGAAUAGCGAAUCUAAUCGAUUUCUUCUUCACUAUAGUCAAAAGUCAGAGAGGUGAAAGAAAAGGCAGCGGUGGAAGUUGCUUCAAAAGCGAAGUCACUCCAGAAGAAACUAAAGAAUUCAUUCCAAGUAAAAUGAAUACUGAAUUAGAAGCGAAAAUGGAGACUUUGAUGGACUUCUUAGCGACUACAGGGUGUAUGGAGAAGGAGGAUGAAGUUGGUGAUAAUAAAAUAACUCUUAUGGAGUUCCUAUUCGGUCCGGAAGACCCGAAGCCUAGUAUAGAAAUUGUUGACGUUGAACCUGGACUCAGCGAAGCUAAUAUAAAUGUCAAAGACCUCACUUACAUAGACGAUACGCCUGAGGAAGAAGCAGAAACAUUAGUUGAAAUGCUUAUAAAAUAUAUGGAAAAUUACACGACGAAAGACAAAUUUCAUUCAAAGUCUUUAACGCCAUCGUUGUCUGAGAAAUCUAAGUCGGACAUCACUAUAAGCAAACUUGAAACUUUCAGUGAUAUUAGUAAAACAAAAUCGGAUUCAACAUUAACUCAUACUCAAGACACUGUUAUAGAUAGAGGCGAGGACUGUUCAACAGACAGACGGAUUUCUGAAACAGUUGUCGAUCUGAGCAACGUUAAAAAUGACUUAGAAAUGAUAUUCGAUGAAGCUGUUAGUAGAGUCAGUGAAAUAAGGAAACUAGAAGAAGAUCAGGAUACUAUGACUGAUCAAGAAGAUAUUGAGAAUUAUGAAUCUUAUACAAAGCCUCCGAUGCUACCUUAUAUACAGUAUUUACCAUACAGUGUAGAGCUAUCAGAUAUAUUAGAGGAAGAUGAACCAUCUUCUCGAGAUUUUGAUAGAAAAGAUGAUAGAAACUCACAAAUAAGACAAGCUGCAGAAGAUUUACUAAACUACAUAGAAGAUAAAGUAGCUAAACACUUUGAAGAGGAUUCAGACGAUGAAUUCGACAUAAGCUCCAGUUUAAAACGAUCAUCGAUUAGCUUAAUCGAUUUGCGUAAUAUUCCUGAUUUACCUCCAAGCAUGAUUAUCAAGCCUAAAGUAGUCAAAGUCGAUAAGUCUACAUCUACGACUGAGAUAUCGGAAUCUAUAUCCGAUUUGUCGAGAAGAAUGGAUUCAGCUUGCAUGACGGAGGAUACAACGCUGACGUCAAGUUCAGAGAAAAGUGCAAGGGCUUUGGAUAAACUGGAGUCUUUGCAUAAAUUCUUUUCUAGAUCUCGAUUAGAGAUUAUCGAUGAAAGUGAAGAGCAGGCGGACAAAAUUAAAAACUCAAAACCAGUUAAAACUAUUUCUGGUAGCGACAGCAAUGGACCAGAGUACAAAGCUGGACAAGCCAGUUUAGACGACGUGGAAGACAUACAAGAUGACGACAAAGCUAACGUCGGCUGCGGCGAUGGAGUCAUAGAAAAAGAAAAACCAAACGAAAAAGACACUGAUUUUCAAAAAAAUGGUGAUGAAAUAUCAGAUAGUGUCGAAGGGAAAAUGACAAAAAGCCUCGAUGAAAUCAAGGAAAUCAGUGAAGAUGAUGACAGUCAAGUUAUUGACGAUGAUAGAGAUAUGAAACAAUGGAGCCCUUCACCUGAAGAGAUCGCAGAAAUCAAUGAACGGUACAGACUAGUAGUUAGCGCUGAAGCGAGCAAAAACCAAACUGAAUCUGAAGAAAUUGUUACAGCUAUUGGUAAUACUGGGGUCGGAAUUGAACGGAGUCCAUUGAAAUUCGUCCUAGGUGAAGUAGAUGAGGCUCUAGAAGAAUUUGUAGUAACGCCUAAAGGGAAAGUGAGGCACACGUCGGUGUGA